AAGAGAAGAAUGCUACAGUUUUAGAGAUAAAAGAGCGACAGAGACUUUGAUUUGAUGUGUAAAACCUAACGUUUGAGAGAAUUAAAAACCCUCUCUCUCAUUUUGAUCCUUUCUUCUCUACUCUGGUUUCUUCUUCUUCUUGUUGUCGUUGAGAGAGAGAGAGAGAGGUUUUGUGUGUACACAAAUCCAUGAAGUUUUGACUUAUUAUACUACUUUAGGAAACACUGUGAAGGGUGCGUAGGUUAAGCAGCAGGUGCUCCCCAGCGUACCUUUUGGGAAUGCAGCCACGAAUGCUACAGUCACGCUUAGUAUUCAUCUUCAUUCGUAUCCCUCUUCUUCGUUUGUUCUUCAGUUUGGGAACCCUUUGUUGCUAAUUUCUAGGGUUUCGAUUGAUUGAUGGGAGGAGUUAUCGAUCUAAACACCGUCAACGAAGACGACGAAGAUGCUUCUGCUUUCAAUGGGGCGUCGGCUUCGCUUUCAUCGACCUCGUCUUCGUCUUCUUCGACGCCCUCUUGUGCUACUGCUGCCGCAUCAGUUUGUCCUUCUGCAACUGCUGCUGGUUCUUCGUCGGUUUGUAUGGAGCUGUGGCAUGCUUGUGCAGGACCCCUCAUUUCAUUGCCUAAGAAAGGGAGUGUCGUUGUUUACUUGCCGCAGGGACAUUUAGAGCAGAUUUCUGAUUUUCCGGCGAUGGUUUACGACCUUCCACCUCAUGUCUUCUGCCGUGUUGUCGACGUCAAGCUUCAUGCUGAAGUACCUACCGAUGAGGUUUACGCGCAGGUCUCUCUCGUUCCUGAAAGUGAGAUUGAGAAGAAAUUGCAGGAAGGAGAGAUUGAAGCAGAUUGGGAAGAUGAGGAAGUUGAAGGUGUUGGCAAAUCCACAACACCUCAUAUGUUCUGCAAGACACUCACAGCAUCUGAUACCAGCACCCAUGGAGGCUUCUCUGUCCCUAGGCGAGCUGCUGAAGACUGCUUCCCUCCUCUGGAUUAUAAACUGCAAAGACCGUCACAAGAGCUUAUAGCCAAAGACUUGCAUGGCGUUGAGUGGAAGUUUCGGCAUAUAUACAGGGGUCAGCCUAGGAGGCAUUUGCUCACCACUGGAUGGAGUGCAUUUGUCAACAGGAAGAAGCUUGUCUCUGGUGAUGCUGUGCUCUUUCUUAGGGGUGGGAAUGGAGAACUGCGAUUGGGAAUUCGGAGGGCAGCUCAAGUUAAAGGUAGUAUUCCUUUUCCAGCUCUUUGUAGCCAGAGUUUGAACCUGGGCAACUUCGUAGCUGUUGCUAAAGCUGUGUCCACAAAGAGUGUGUUCCACGUUUCUUAUAAUCCGAGGGCAACCCAGUCUGAAUUUAUAAUACCUUACCGUAAAUUCUCAAGGAGCCUCGACAAUUUAUUCUCUGUAGGAAUGAGAUUUAAAAUGCGGGUUGAAAGUGAAGAUGCAGCAGAGAGAAGAUACACUGGAAUGAUAAUGGGGAUUAGUGAUAUGGAUCCUGUUAGAUGGCCUGGUUCAAAAUGGAGAUGUUUACUGGUGAGGUGGAAUGAUGAUGUUGACAUAAAUCGACACGACAGAGUUUCUCCUUGGGAGAUUGAGCCAUCUGGUUCAGUUUCUGGUCCUGGCAAUUUGUCAGGGCCUGGUUCAAAGAGAUCCAGGAUCAAUCUGCCUUCAGCCAUACACGAUUUUCCAGUUUCCAAUGGAACUGAAUAUUCAGACUUUGGGGAAUCUUUAAGGUUCCAGAAGGUCUUGCAAGGUCAAGAAAUUUUGGGUUCUAGUAAUCCCUACAAUAGUACGGAUGUGCAGAAUCAUCAUCCAUCUGAAAUUAGGAGAUUCCUCCCAGGUUCAAAUGGUUUGGGGAUGGCUGCAAUAGGAAGUGGUUCAACACUCCCUCUUGGAAACUCUAAUGUUUCCAUGUCUACAAUGGACUUUGGUGAAUCUAUUCGAUUCCAUAAGGUCUUGCAAGGUCAAGAAAUAACUUCAAAACCACCAUAUAGAACAGUGCCAGUUGAUAUCCAGGCCUGUGAAAGUGGAGGAUUUGGGAUGUUUGAUGGGAUUCGCAUGUCUAGGACUGGAAGUGGAUGGUCUUCCUUGAUGCAAUGCUACAAUAGUCAUGUCCCAUCUAUUCAAGUUUCUUCGCCAUCUUCUGUGCUAAUGUUUCAACAACCGCACAGUAACAGCUCAUACCCUUGCCAUGCAUAUGGUGGAGUUAAUCAAGAGAAGGGGCGAGGUAGUAAUGAUUUUGAAGCAUUGGGCGUUAAACGGACAUCUUUGUCAGCUUCUGGACGUUGGAAUACGCUGGAGGACUUGCGGAGCAUGUGCUCCGAGGAUCUUGUGAAAGAGCAGAAUCAACUAGACCGUCAGCGUCCUAACACUCUAUUGACACAGUCAGCAUUAAAGGGAAGUCAACAUGUGCUUCCCACUGGCACAAGUAGCUGCAGGCUUUUUGGUUUUCCUUUAACCGAGGAAUUCCAUUUAGCGAACAAAGAGGAUACCUCCAUUCCAAUCACUUCAUCUUCAACUGAAAACUUGAAAUUUCAGGCAUCGACAGGAAAGCAAUCAAAUUUGAAGCAUUCUGUGUUGACAAAUGCAGUAGGACGUGGUUGUACCAAAGUUCACAAGCAAGGGAGUGUUGUAGGCAGGGCAAUUGAUCUCAUGAAGCUUGAUGGGUAUGAUGAUCUGAUUUGUGAGCUGGAGCGGCUUUUCAAUAUGCAAGGGCAAUUGAAUGAUCCUGAGAAAGGAUGGCAAGUUCUUUACACAGAUAAUGGGGAUGAUAUGAUGCUUGUUGGAGAUGAUCCAUGGCAGGAAUUCUGCACUGCUGCUUCAAAAAUUUUGAUAUAUUCUCGUAAUGAAGAAGAAAUGGUGGUACACAAAGUGGCUGGUGAUAGAAUCCAUGGUUUACUGGAGGAAGCUCCUAGUACUAUUCACAUAUGACUUCUUUUUAAGCAGUUGCGAAUAAUUCUUCUCCAACAAUUGGUUGAUUAUUGUUUUAUUUCUCUUGAUUGUGGAAGCAACUCUUACUGUCCAUGAAUCAUUGAUGACAAGUAUUAGUAGCCAGACCAGUAUUCUGGGAACAUGUUCAGGCUGGAUUUGAAUUAAUAUGUUGGUUAUUAUUUAUGGGGUAGUGGCUAUUGAAGAUAAAACUUCAGGAUUCCUGGUUUGCCAGUUGUAAUGAGAAUGACAGUUCCUCUUGGGUAUCAA